AUGCCUAUUCCGAGGAAUGAUAUCGAAGGAAUUAGUUUUAUUUCGUUAAUUACGAAUAAGAAUGAAGAAUUCGAAGAAAGUGCUAAUUUCUAUAAUAAAUUAGGAUUUAGAUUAACCAAGAAUUUUUCUAAAAUAACGAACAACUCAGAAAGUAAGCCAAAAUUGCAGAUAGGGAUUUCGAAUGAUUCCUUAAAGGAACUUUGGUUGGAGUCUUUUCCAUUGCAAAAUACAGACGAAAAUGGCUUCAUUAGACCUUGGCAAGAGUUGCUGGUGUAUGAUGGGGAUGGAUGUGAAAAAUUAAACUCGGCGACUACUCUUAAGAUUAGAUUGUCUACUUUGGAUGACUUAAGCAAUACUGCUAAAGAAUUGAAUUUUUUUACGACUGAUUUACCAAAGGUCAAGGAUAUUUUGACGAAGGAUUUGAACACCGAAUUUGAAAGUCCAAGCGACACCGUAAUCAAAGUCGUUGAUCCAAUGGGGAAUACCUUAAAUUUUUCGAACUUCGAAAACCCGUUGUCCGAAAAGUCAUUCGAUUCUCCAGAAGACUAUUUGAAGUAUAAAACGGAAAAAUUACUUUCAUCAUUAGAUCGUUUGGAACAUAAGAGUGUCGAAGAUCAACCAACUGAGAAGACUAAAAAGAAAAAGAAAAAGAUUGCUAUUAUGACUUCUGGAGGUGAUGCGCCAGGUAUGAAUUCAGCAGUUCGUGCAGUUGUAAGAGCUGGUAUUUAUUAUGGAUGCGACGUGUUUGCUAUUUAUGAAGGUUACGAAGGAUUAGUCCAAGGUGGUGAUUUGAUGCGUAAAAUGGAAUGGGCCGAUGUUAGAUCGUACUUAUCAUUAGGUGGUACUGCUAUUGGUACUGCGAGAUGUGCUAAAUUUCGUGAACGUCCGGGUAGAUUACAAGGUGCUCAUAAUAUGGUUGAAAACGGUAUCGAUGCGUUGAUUGUUUGUGGUGGUGACGGUUCAUUGACCGGAGCUGACUUAUUUAGAUCCGAAUGGCCUUCAUUAGUAGAAGAAUUGGUUAGUAACGGUACUUUUACCACAAAAGAAGUAGAGCCAUAUAGACAUUUAACAAUGGUUGGAUUAGUUGGCUCAAUCGAUAACGAUAUGGCUUCAACAGACUCUACUAUUGGUGCAUAUUCAGCAUUGGAGAGAAUUACCGAGAUGGUUGAUUACAUUGAUGCUACAGCUUCUUCUCAUUCGAGAGCUUUUAUUGUUGAAGUUAUGGGUAGACAUUGUGGGUGGUUAGGUUUGAUGUCGGGUCUUGCGACUGGGGCUGACUUUAUUUUCAUUCCUGAAAGACCACCAAAGGCAGGCCAAUGGCAAAACGAAUUAAAAGAUGUUUGCUCGAGACAUAGACAAAAAGGUAAAAGAAACACUACUGUUAUUAUUGCAGAGGGGGCAAUUGAUGAUGAUUUAAACCCGAUUACCCCUGAUGAGGUUCAAAAAGUUCUUGUUGCAUUAGGUUUAGAUACCAGAAUUACUACCUUAGGCCACGUUCAAAGAGGUGGUACAGCCGUAGCAUAUGACCGUUUGUUAGCAACAUUACAGGGUGUUGAUGCUGUUAAAGCUGUAUUGGAAUUAACUCCUGAUGACCCUUCACCUAUGAUCGGUAGUUUAGAAAACAAGAUCGUCAGAAAGCCUUUAAUCGAAGCAGUUAAAUUAACUAAGUCUGUCGCGACUGCUAUUGAAAAUAAAGAUUUCGAUAAAGCUAUGAGUUUAAGAGACUCUAGUUUCGAGGAUGCAUAUCAUCACUUCUUAUCGUCUUCAAUCUAUGAUGAUGGCCUGAAAAUAUUACCAGAAGCAGAAAGAUUGAAUAUCGGUGUCGUUCAUGUUGGGGCUUCAUCCUCGGGUUUGAAUGCGGCAACCAGAGCUGCAGCCUUAUACUGUAUGUCUAAAGGUCAUAAAUUAUUUGCUAUUCAAAACGGUUUUAGUGGAUUAAUCAAUGAAGGUGAAAUAAAGGAAUUAAGUUGGUUAGAUGUCGAAGGAUGGCAUAACAAAGGUGGUUCGGAAAUUGGCACUAAUAGGUCAUUACCAAGUGAGGAUUUUGGUAACGUUGCAUACUAUUUCCAAAAGUUCAAGCUUCAAGGUUUGAUAAUAAUCGGUGGCUUUGAAAGUUUUUCAGCUUUAAAUGAAUUGGAUGAAAAAAAACAAGAAUAUCCUAUUUUCAAUAUUCCGAUGGUUGUUAUACCUGCAACCGUGUCUAAUAACGUGCCGGGUACAGAAUAUUCGUUGGGUGGUGACACCUGUAUGAAUCAAUUGCUUAAAUAUUGUGAUGCUGUAAAGCAAUCAGCGUCUUCAUCUAGAAGAAGAGUAUUCGUGGUUGAGGUUCAAGGUGGUUAUUCAGGGUUUGUUGCCUCAUACUGUGGUUUAAUCACUGGAUCACUUGCUACAUAUACCCCAGAAUCCAAAAUCGACUUGAAAACUAUACAAGAGGACAUAGAUCUUUUGUACGAGGUUUUCGAAGAUGACAGAGGUGAAUAUAACAACGGGAAAAUGAUUAUCAGAAAUGAACAAGCUUCUUCUGUGUAUACUACAGAUCUCAUUGCCGACAUAAUUAAGGAAUCUGCCGGUGGAAGGUUUGAAACAAGAACUGCUGUUCCGGGUCACGUCCAACAGGGGUUUACUCCUACGUCCAUGGAUAGAGUAAAUGCAUGCAGAUUUGCCGUGAAGUCGUGUCAAUACAUCGAAGACUGGAACACGAAAUUAGGAGGCUUGAUUCUGGACAUGGAUGCCACCAAAACGAACAGAAGAAGUCGUUCUAAUGUCAAAAACAGUAUUGAACACAUUCUUGAAGAGAAAAACGGCUCUGCUGUUGUGCUUGGAAUCCAGGGUGCCCAAAUCAAAUUCAACUCUGUCGAAGCCUUAUUCGCUAAAGACGCUAAUAUUCCCUUGAGAAAGGGCAGAGUGGUCCAUUGGACAGAAAUGAUCGAAGUGGCCGAUAUGUUAAGCGGAAGACUCUUAUUAAGAGAAAAAAAGCAAUGA